GACACUGGGUACGCAGAUAUCCAAUGACUCUUCACUCUUCACGUCCCAUCGCUAUCCCUCACUUCACUCUGAGCAAAAAUGAGUCGAAAAGCAUUUUAACCGUUUUUAGCAAAUUUUGGUCAAUUUAGCGCAACUAUAAGAGUCAUCCCACAUGAAAUCCCUGCUAGCGCGCAAUUGCUAUCGAGAAAGGGUUUGCUGAUUUUCCUGAUAAAUCCACUGCAGAGAACUUCGAAAAUCUUCAUUCAAAUUCAUAAUUAUCUACACACCACAACAAGCAAUCAAUUCCUGCCCUUUUUUGAUUAGAAAAUUCGACCAGAAAUAAUACCAUAUAUCCCACUCCACCUUUUCGCAGAUAAUUUAAAUAUGGCCGUUCGUGCGCAGUUUGAGAAUUCAAAUGAAGUCGGUGUCUUCUCUACAUUGACAAACUCAUAUGCCUUGGUUGCUGUUGGCGCCAGCGAGAAUUUCUACAGUGUAUUCGAAGCAGAACUCCAAGAUGUUAUCCCAAUUUGCCAUGCCACAAUCGCAGGAACUCGUAUUAUUGGACGUUUGACCGCAGGUAACAAGAAGGGACUCUUGGUACCAACAAGCACAACAGAUCAGGAGUUGCAACAUUUGAGAAAUAGUUUACCGGACAGUGUUAAGAUACAGAGAAUAGAAGAGAGACUUUCAGCUCUUGGAAAUGUCAUAGUAUCAAACGACCAUGUCGCCCUUGUCCAUCCAGAUCUUGAGCGCGAAACCGAAGAAAUUAUUGCCGACGUCCUGGGUGUUGAAGUUUUCCGUCAAACCAUUGCCGACAAUGUCCUUGUCGGAUCCUAUAUGGCACUUUCCAACCAAGGUGGUAUCGUCCAUCCCAAAACCAGCAUUCAAGAUCAAGAUGAAUUAUCUUCGUUAUUACAAGUUCCAUUGGUUGCCGGUAGUGUAAACAGAGGUAGCAGUGUAGUUGGUGCAGGUAUGGUUGUUAACGAUUGGAUGGCCGUUACUGGGUUGGAUACUACGGCUACGGAAUUGAGUGUGGUCGAGAGCGUUUUCAGGCUGGGUGAGGGACAAGGUCCAAGUGAUAUUGCGGGCAAGAACAAGGAUACCAUGGUGGAAAGUUUCUAUUAAAUUUCCUGGUGGGGGAUGUGUAUAUGGAGAAUUUCGGAGGAUUAAAGACUUCAGUCUUGUGGCUUCUUUUUCCUCGGUCAUCAUUUAAUAGAUGUCAUGGGGCACUUGCUAGCAGAAGAACAAUCACUUCUGCUGCUGUGGUAUGAUAGAUAGGGUAAACUGGUCGUCUGAUGGCCAUGAAUGGAGACUUUUCCCUCCCCAUGCCAAAGUUCGGGCUUGCAGAUUUGCAUGACUCCCAGGCUGUGAAAUUGGACCUAUAACUCUACUCAAAUGGGUAUAUUGGCAUAUGAUCUCAUUCUUAAGAGCGGUGCACCAUCUUCAUCCAACAAACGAGGUUUCUAUGGGGGUAAAUCACUGGACCAAUAUUCCAGCCUGUUGGUUCAUUUCUGCACCAUUCAAUACAACAGUGCAUCAGAAUUGCGAACAUUCUCCAUUUCUCCAUACAAAUAUUGUUUUGACAUAUAACGCGUGAACAACUAGUAAUUUACUCUAGCUUUUUCUAGACCUCUCCGAUACCCCUACAAAUUCUUUGAACCUAGACUCCAUUAUUUCA